AUGAAACACAUUAUCAACCUGUAUGAAAGCAUCAACAGUACAGCAAGAAAUAAUUCAGACUGUCCUCCUGUGGUUUUGCCAGAAGAGAUAUUUUUCACGAUAUCCAUUGUUGGGGUUUUGGAGAAUCUGAUGGUCCUUCUGACUGUGAUCAAGAAUAAGAAUCUUCAGUCACCCAUGUACUUUUUCAUCUGCAGCUUGGCUAUUUCCGAUAUGCUGGGCAGCCUGUACAAGAUCUUGGAAAACAUCCUGAUCAUGUUCAGAAACAUGGGUUACCUCGAGCCUCAAGGCAGUUUUGAAACCACAGCAGACGACGUGGUGGACUCCCUGUUCAUCCUCUCCCUCCUUGGCUCAAUUUGCAGCCUGUCUGUGAUCGCCGCUGACCGCUACAUCACAAUCUUCCACGCUCUGAGGUACCACCGCAUCGUGACCCCGCGCCGUGCCCUUGUCGUCCUGAUGGUCAUCUGGACGUGCUGCAUGGGCUGCGGCAUCACCAUCGUGACCUUUUCCCAUCAUGUCCCCACGGUGAUCGCCUUCACAGCAUUGUUCCCGCUGAUGCUGGCCUUCAUCCUGUGCCUCUACCUGCACAUGUUCCUGCUGGCCCGCUCCCACGCCAGGAGGACCUCCACGCUUCCCAGAGCCAACAUGAGAGGGGCUGUCACACUGACUGUUCUGCUCGGGGUCUUCAUUUUCUGUUGGGCGCCCUUUGUCCUUCAUGUCCUCUUGAUGACAUUUUGCCCAGCUGACCCCUACUGUGCCUGCUACAUGUCCCUCUUCCAGGUGAACGGUGUGUUGAUUAUGUGUAACGCCGUCAUUGACCCCUUCAUAUAUGCUUUCCGGAGCCCAGAGCUCAGGGACGCAUUCAAAAAGAUGACCUUCUGCAACAGGUACCAGUAG